AUGGUUCACAUCUCGGGUCUAUCAGCAGUCCUUGCACUCGCUUCCGUCGCUUCAGCUCAAUGUGGCUCGGGUACACCAAACGCGAGGGUCACUGGCUCUGGCAGCUCUUUCACGGCUACUAGGGGAUCUACGACUCUGUACACCGGCUCCGACUACCGUCUUGCUAUCCAGACCGCAAUCGACGGCAUCAGCAGUGGCCAGCGUGUCUCUGUUAUUGCUUCCGGUAACAUCGGGGCCAACACCAUCACGAUCCAGAAUGGAAAGACCUUUGAAGGUUGCGGGACCAUUACUGCCGCUGUCAGGAGUGGCAGGGGAAGCAUUGAAGUCACCGACCAGACUGGUGUCAACAUUCCUUUCCUUACGCUAGCUGGCUCGUCCUACUUUGGUCUUCGGUUCUCUGGCACCAGGGAUCUUACCUUGGGCAACAUCAACAUCAACAUCAAUGCAGGUAUCGGCAUCCGAUUCGACCGCGAUCGUGCAGCCAACACCAACGUUAGGAUGGGUACCAUCAACUGCAAUGGAGCGAGCUCCCAUUGUGUUGAGACUUGGAACAUUGACAGACUGGAGAUCGACUCCGUCGUUGCGCGAAACGUUGGAGAGUCUGGCCUCUUGAUCCAGAAGGUCACCAACGCCAACAUCGGCACCGUAGACUGCGACAACUGCGGUACUGGCACCGGCUAUGCGGCUCUUCGAUUUGCCAACGAAGCUGGCAGACUCAACAACGCGUACCCCACCAACAUCAGGGUCAACAGGGUCAGGGCUCGCGGCGGAGGCCGAGGUGUCUUCUGUGUCUCCGCCUCUGGUGGUGCAGAGAUUACCACUGUCGACAUCGCCAACACGGGCAACAACGCCGUUCUCAUCGAGAACUGCUACAACUUCAACAUCAGGGGCGGAACUGUCAACGGUGGAGGCGAAGUCCGUCUUGCAGCUCGUGAUGAGUUCGAAAACAGCAGGGACAUUGCUAUCACUUUGAGGGUUGAUGGCACCACGGUACGCGAGAGCCCUUGCACGGCCAACCCUACCAGGUGGUCCCUCACAGGCAAUGGUGCCAGGAACAUCUGCACUUAA